AUGCGUUUCUCGACAGGUCUACCUACUUAUCUUUUGUUCUUACUGCUAGUGUCGGUCACCAGCUUCAACCUAGUCGCUGCGAGUGAUGGAUCCGAAGCGAUGAAGAAACUCUGUUCGUCCCUCUCCCGUGCGACUUCCUGCAAGGCCUCGUUCAAGAUUCCGACGUUCAAGGUCAGAACGGGCAAGACCGACUGGUUCAAGUUCAACCCUUGCAAGACGACUUUCAGGUUCCCCUUUGGCGGCAAGCAGUGUCUUCCGGGUACAGACAAGGUUGUCAUUACAGUUCCCAUCGGGAUAGAUAUGCUCUCCAUUGUCGAUGGCGACACUUUCAAGUCGCUCGUGCAGUCUGGAGAUGCCGGAACGACCUCGGCGGAUAUCCUCGAAAAGUUCGGAGGUUUCGCUCAAUGUGCCGUCGAUGCCGGGAUGAGCAUCAAGGACAACAGCGCCGGUCUAUCUCAGGGUUCAGGCGCUCUGGUUACUUCCUCAAGCGUUCGAGUGCUCAGAGCUGCAGAGAUCGAUCUCGCCCGGUACUUUGCCUUUGCCGGGUCGAUCGUCCCCUGCGCGGCUUCUGGAGCCUGUGACGCUAUCAGAGGAUUCUUUGUCGACUACCUGCAAGAUUCCGAAAAGCUGAUGGCCGAGCAGAUCAAGGAUCUACUCUUGCCUUGGUCGAACGGGAUGAAUACGGUCCAGAAGAACUUUGACGCGUUGGCAAACUCGACGGACUCGUUGAAGAUGCAGGGGGAACAGAUCGAAGCCGAGGUCAUGAAGAUCAUCGGUAGCUUCUGUCCCGAUGCCGCUACUUGCGCGAAUAAUACGAUGUCAGACUUUAAGAAGCAAGUGGAAACCACUCUGGACAUGUCUAAGCAAAUCGCUGCUCUCAACGGCAUCAUCGCGCAGACUCAAAAGGGCGCGCACAAAGCCACUCAGACCAUCACGGACGCUGUACAACUCUUCGAAGACGUUUCGGACCUCGGCAUCGACAGUGUGAUUCAGCUCAUCGUCGAAGGAAAGCUCAACAGUAUUGGUCAAUUGGCAGAAUCAUUGAAGGCUGCUCAGCAACUGCCUCGUAUCAUCGACACGCUGCAGGACAACCUUAUCAAGGUUCCCGAGCUCGUCGGCCAGGUAGCGCAGCGAGGUCCGCCCUUUGUCGAUUCGCUGCAGACCUUGUUCACCCGGAACUGGAUCCAGGACUAUGCGGGGGACGAAGCUUCGGCGGAAAAGAUCAGUCAUGGCCUGUUUGAAGCGCAACGGCUUUUGUCAGGCAUGAUACCUCAAGCCACUCAAUUAUGGUCGAGCGUUGAAUGGUUAUCGAACUCCGUCGGCGCCGUCGAUGAUGGAGGCAGGGUUGGAGUAGACGUGCGGGUUGCUUCGUAUCAACGUUGGACGAAGGGUUGGUUCGAUAUGCCAUGCCUGACUACUGGUAAAGUAACGUUCAGCGUCGCCGGAUUCUCGCAAUCCGUCAAGUACCCCAAGUUUUAUCGCUGCAAGCAGACCUACAUGGUACCGUUCCCGAAUCAUCAUAUACCUUUCGUCCGGAUCAGGCUGCCGGAGGAUUCGAACCUGGGCAGGUUGGGCCAGACGAACCCUGAAGUGAAGACGACGUCGAUCAGCUGGGGCGAACAGCGCUUGAGACCGACUGCUGCGGCGGCGUCGAGCGUUUCAUCGACUGUCACUUCUUCACUGGCAUCCUCGAGCGAAUCGACUGCUGUGCAAACAUCCUCGAGCACGGUGGAGGAGAGUCCGAUCACCACCUCUUCCGACUCUCUGCCGACCACUUCAGUAGCAGAAGGCGAAGCUUCUACCGCCCCGGCGUCACCUACAACGAGCGAGACGAUGACAUCGCUACCUUCUACGAUUCCCGCAGAGGCGCUACCCACAGCCGAGUCGACUUCACAGCUGGAGUCCCCUGCGUCCCCUGGGCCCACUGAAGCUCCUUCUCAGCUCAGGCGCCAACAACCUGCCGAAGAGGAAGAUCCACCUACCGAUCCUAGUAACUAUUCGGUGCCCGGAGAUAUCCAGACUUCCAUCGCUUUUGACCCAGCCGCGGAAGGUCUUUAUACCGCUUCUGAAGUAGCUUUGGCCGCUGGGACCGCUACUUUCGUUCCGGAUCCCGCUCCGAGCGGGACGCCUACUGCCACAGAAGUCGCACCCGACCCAGCUGAGACGACCCUGGCCGUCCCUCAGUCGUUUGAUCCGCAUGCCGAUCUUCCAGAAAAGGUCGGAGAGGAGGAUAUCGGCGAUUGGGAAGAUGUUCGGACUCUCGCUAUCAACGAUGCGACUCCGACUUUGAGUGAUGGGAUCAUCAGCGCCACGGCGAUCUCAACCAGCACAAGUCAGACGAAUGUCCCCAGCGCGACGCCCACCGGUACCACUCCAGAGUCUUCGGGUGGCUCCAGGUCGAUUCGCUUCGAGGGCAUCGAGCGCAUCGUGUAUGGCGCUUUUGUCGCUGCCGUUGUUGUUCAGAUGGUCUGA